AUGACACAUCCCACGGUUUCUGACAACGAGCAAUCUUCGACCAAAUUCCUCCGACACAUCCUCUUUACGAUCGACUCCUCAUUGAAAUUUAUCGAUUCGCAGACGCCGGAACAGAGAAUACUUUCUGGUAUGAUGGUUCUAUACAAUGGUGUCAAUGUAUACUGGGAAGACUCUGAUAAAUGUGGAGGAUCAAGAGAUGGAGAUGAGGAUGGAAGCUUUGGUGCCAGGGAGGUACAGCAUGGGGAUGAAUACAAACUUGUAGGUCUGAUGGAUGAUAUAGGCGCGAGAAGGGAGAAACAAGGGUGGAAUUACGAACGUUGGAAACUCGAAAAGCAACAUGGACCAGAGAAACUUCAUCAACGUCACGAGAAUCAGCACAUCGACUUUGACAACAUCUUCACGAAUUUGGCAACUCAACAAAUGGCUCCGAAUAUCUCUUUCGAGGGCCAGCUCCCCAAGACUCUCAGUCGUAAUACGCUGAAUGAUUCCGGAAGUAAGAACUUUGAGGACGGCAGCAACGACCGCUGUAUGAUUUACUACGUUACAAUUUUCUUACUUGCACUGUUAUGCGCGUCUUUGUACGGCAUUUACCUGUGGAUCAGAAUUCUACACGUGGUGGUGUUAAGAUCUCAGCGGAAUCAGUUAAAGAUCAAAUUAGAGGAAAUUGUUGAAGAAGUGGACAAAAUUGAUAUGAAGAUUCAGAUGAAGGACAUGAAGAUCGAGAUCAAUAAAAUGGAGAUGAAAGUGGAUGAUCUUGAGGGAAAGGUGGAUGAGAAGCUCACCCAAGAGCGACUUGAUCAUCAAAAUAAGAUGCUAGAUCGGAAGACGCAGGCACAAAAGGAGAAAGAUGACUUGCAGGUCGAAAUUCUGAAGAUCCAGGAUCAGCUUGAUCAACUUGAGCAAUGGUUGAAAGAGGCCUUGGUGUACGUUCCUGGAAGGCAAGAGCAAAGAUAA